AUAUAAAUUGCUCCACCCGCCCGAGAAUGAAAGCCCAGGUAUAGAGGCUCAGGUCCCUGGAAUCGAGAGUAGUAAUCGCAGCUAUAUUUCCAUGGCGCCUACGACGAUGUGGAGCGAGACUGCAAUGCUCGUCAUCGACAUGCAGAAGGAAUUCGUGGAUCCGGCAAUGAGCAGCCCAGCGCUGCUUCCCGCCGGCGAGGCCAUCAUCCCUGCGGUCACCGAGGCCGUCGCCGUCGCUCGGCAGCGCGGCAUCUUCAUCGUCUGGGUUGUGAGAGAGCAUGACCCUACAGGAAGAGAUGUUGAACUGUUUCGCAGGCACUUUUAUUCUAGGGGGAGUGGUCCGGCUGUAAAAGGUUCCAAAGGUGCAGAGCUGGCCGAGGGGUUUGUUAUCAAGGACGGGGAGUACAAGCUGGUGAAGGGAAGAUUCAGCUCUUUCUUUGCCACCAACCUCGAUUCUGUCCUCAAAACUUCAGGGAUCAAGAACUUGGUUGUAACUGGGGUCCAAACACCAAACUGCAUCAGGCAGACUGUCUUCGAUGCUGUCGCACUGGACUAUGAGAAAGUUACAGUUAUUAUUGAUGCUACAGCUGCUGCUAAUCCAGAAAUACAUUUGGCUAACAUCAGGGAUAUGAAGAACAUUGGAGUUGAAACACCAACCUUGGAAGAAUGGCGUCACUAGGUUUCCUGGUACUUCAGUCUCAGCACCAAAAAGACAUCACCACCGAGCCUACCAGAUACUACUCAUCUUCUGCUAAAAAAUAUUCUUGGUUUUCUUCAGUAUGAUUGUGUGUAACAGUAUUGCUACCCAGAUACAGUGUGCAUGUGCUCAAAACCUGUAAUAAUCCCUAGUACAGAGAAGUUCACUGUGCAGUACAUGUGAUAUUGUUACCUAUGAUUUGGCUAAAACAGAGGAAAUCAAAUGUUUGGUAUUAUUAAUCA